AUGGAUAUCGACGAUAUCCUGAGGGAGGUCGACCCUACCACCCACACAAUCCCCUCCGAAACACGCGACUUGCAGGCGCUGACGCGUGCAUGGGUUGCGGAGAGAUCUGCCCCUGAGCUUCUAGAGUGGCCUGUGGACGGCUUGUUCGAGCGCAUCAACGAGCGCAUAAAGACGCAGAUCGAGAAGGUCGAGGAGAUGACGGGUGACAUGGACCCCAAGACAAACUUCGCCUUGAUUGUGAUCCAGACCGAGCUGGAGAGAUACAAGUACCUGGUGCGGAGCUACCUGCGCGCGAGAAUUGCCAAGAUCGACAAGCACACGCUACACUACCUCUCAUCACCUCUGCUGCGGUCGCGACUAUCGGAAACCGAGCUGGCGUACGCUACGAGGCAUCAGGCGAUGCUGCAUAACCAUUACCUCUCGUCAUUCCUAUCGUCUUUCCCGCCAAAUCUGCAGAACCUCAACGACACGGCGGGCAACAUCAGCAUGAUCGACGCCCCGGACCUCGACUCCGCCGUGUUCAUACGACUGAUAAGAGACUCGCUGGUCGAGGGCCGCGGCACAGACGCAGACGGAGGAGUAGACGGGCAGAACGGCGAUAUUUUGAUUCUGCGAUGGUCGGACGCGAAGCCUCUUGUAGACGCCGGCCAUGCGGAAUUAGUAUGA